GUUGUUCAAAUGAGUGGACCACCUUAUUCGAAAGAUUUUUAUAGUAUAAUGAUAAAGCUGAUCGAACCCAUUGAUAGUACAUUAGAGGCUCAAUCAGAUACAAGAUUAUUGAUUAGACAAUUCCUUGGUGAUUGCCCUCAGGAAUUAAAUGACAAAGAAAUCAAUGAAUAUGUUUCUAAAUCAAAAAUAAGGUUCUCUAAUUAG